AUCUGACAUGCGUAACUGUAACUUUCGGUUUGCAUUGUAUUGUCCAGACCAUAUCGGGAAGCUUCACCCAUAAUGAAACUUUAAGGAAAACAUUCGUGCUCAUAGUACAAGUCUUAUUAAGAUGGCGACUGGUGGAGUAUCCAAAUUUCUGUUCGUGGCUGCCAUAGACUUUGGGACUACAUAUUCUGGAUACGCCUUUGGGUUCAGGUUGGAUUUGGACAAGAAAAGAAAGGACGGUAAACUAGCUAUAAAUACCAAUAUGUGGAACGCCGGAUCGCGGUCACUAUUGUCUAGUAAGGCACCCACUGCUCUGUUGCUGAAUCCCGACAAAACCUUCAAAUCGUUUGGGUACACAGCGGAGAAUGAUUACUCACAAUUAGCAGACGAAGGCGAGCACGAAGAAUACUAUUACUUUCACAGAUUUAUGAUGAUCCGUCAUACCUACCCGGAUCUGCGAAAGGACACUAGGAUCCAGGAUGAGACGGGAAAAUCACUCCCUGCCAUUGAUGUGUUUUCACACUCCAUCAGAUUCCUCAAAAAUCAUUUAUUCGAUAUGAUAAACAAUCCAAUCGGUGAUACUCUGAAGCAGGAGGACAUCCAGUACGUACUGACCGUGCCAGCCAUCUGGGACGACAAAGCCAAACAGUUCAUGAGGGAGGCGGCCAGGAUUGGUGGAAUAAACGGGGAACAGCUGAUGAUUGCGCUGGAACCAGAGGCUGCCUCAAUUCACUGUCAGCAUAUUCCGAUGGGAACUCGGGGAGGCGAAGCCACGUACAUGGUGGUAGACUUAGGAGGUGGUACUGCCGACAUCACAGUACAUCAGAGGAGCCACCUUGGAGCGGAAAGUGAGCUAAAGGAGUUACAUCAGGCAACAGGAGGCGCGUAUGGUGGGAAAUCUGUAGACGAUGCAUUUGAAACCUUCCUUGGAGAAAUUGUUGGAUCAGAUAAAAUAGCCAAACUGCGAAAAGAAAGUAUGGAAGAUUUCAUCGAUAUUUUCCGGGAAUUUGAAGUGAAAAAACGCAGCUUUGAUCCUUCAAAAUCUGAGAAGAAAGUAAGUGUUUCCCUUCCUGUAGCACUUACAAGUCUGGUCAAAUCGGACAAAAACAUUAAAUCCAUGAAUAAUGCCAUCAAACAAAGUAAACACAAUAAUGAUCAACUUUUAGCUUGGUCUCAUCAGAAAUUACAGAUUCCUAGCGAAAAAUUCAACGCUCUUUUCCAACCUACCAUAGAUGGAAUUAUAAAACACAUGGAGAAAAUAUUCUACGACAGUAAAUUCCAGCAUGUUGACACUAUUGUCAUGGUGGGUGGGUUUUCGGAGUGUAGACUUGUACAGGACGCCAUUCAAAAUAGGUUCACCUCGAAAAAAAUUAUCGUACCAGAAGAGCCCGGGCUAGCUGUAUUAAGAGGGGCUGUGCUGUUGGGUCAUAAGUAGUGUUGGGUAAUCGGUUGAAAAUGCCAAUCAAUGAUCGGUUGUAAUCAGAUGACCUUCAUAACCGAUUUCCGAUUAUAAUCGGGUGGGUUUUUUUAACCAGGAAGAAAUAAGAUAGAACCCUACAUGACUUGCAGUUUCAUUCCUUCUUCAUCAUCGUGAAUGUUAUUCACUUAUUUCUCAGUUUAUUAGCUGCGAAACAUCAUAAAUUCAUUUGAAUGUUGAUUAACAUAUCAGUGUUUACCAAACGGACAAAAAAUAGGUCAGAACAAAUAUGUAAAAAGAACUUAAACAACAAUUUUAGUUAAUUUGUUGACAUUUUGUAAAUAAUUCAUCCAUUCAGUCUCCCAUCAACGAAAACAGAUUUACCGGCUCAGAGUACAUAAUUCCUUCCUGGUUCCUUUUCAGAAAAUAUUUUAAGGGCUAUUUUUUUCAGUAACUGCAAUACUAUAAUAGGGAUUUUUUUCUUCAAAUUAAAGUGAUGGAUAUUUCAUUUAAUAAUUUGGUGUGGGUUUAUUGUUUAGUUUUUAAUUCCUGAAAUGCAAGUUCCUCUUUGAUAAACAGAAACGAUUUUUCAGGAAAAAAUGAUGUCACUCUGUUGAAACUAGUAGUUACCUAAGAAAGUUUAGUCUUUUUUCACCAGCCUCAAAUUCUCAAAUAUCGUCUGAAUUGAUAGAAAGAAAGAUCGCCAGUAUUCUACCUGCAAUGUUUUCCUCAAAACGAAAAACAAAGUUUGUUUUCAAGAGUGUUUUGUUGGUUUCAUAAUUGCUUAAUUGUAUCUCAAUAAACUACAGUCAAUUUAGUUAAUUUUUCAUUCACAUCCUGUCGGAGGAAACAGACAAGUGAGCCAAAAUUUUGUUCGGUUUUCCUCGACAUUUUGCCAGAUUUAGCUUCAAAUAUUUCCAGAUAUUUGAGCAGGUAUCUGAAACAUUUUGCCGGCCUGAGGUGAUUUUUUCGGACAUGUCUAGCUGUCCGACAGAAUUUGUCACACGUCUACAGUGAUUCAAUAUUGUUAAUCUCAAAAUAUAUGAAUAAUUUCAUGCAGUACUACAACCUUUUUAUAAUGAACACAUGUCUUAGAUUUGCAUAUAUUUCUGAUAGAUCUCUCAAAUAUUCACCAUUGCUGGGUGUGUUCGUUUUGGUUAUCUACCGAUGAUCGAUUAAACAAGACUAUGAUCGAUCAUCGGAAUCGGUAGGCUACAACCAAGCGUUAAUCGGUUAUUCCCGAUCAUCUGCACAACACUAGACUCAUAAGCCACGUGCAAUUCAUGUUUAGGGUGGCAAGACACACGUACGGUGUUCAUACUGACCGGUUUUCAACGACUACUACCUUCCUGAAAAGCUGGUCAUUAUUGACGGAGUUGCUCGCUGUAAGGUCUUAUUCUUAGCAUAUGUCAGGAAAGGUCA